CUUGUUUCAUACAUGCUUUAGUUUCUUGCAUUUAUCUAUCGCACUUAAUUCAAUACUUGGUGCAUUUCUCUCCUCUUUGGCUUGAGAAAUUUUCAUUUAACAUGGAAUUACUUAAUUUUAAGCACCAGCUUGGCCUUAUUUGUGUCAUGCUGCUCUUACCUGUCCUGUGCACCUCUCAGGACACAUUUACAUGCUCCAGAGCAACCUAUUAUGGUAGCCCAGAUUGCUAUGGAAAUCCAAGGGGAGCUUGUGGUUUUGGCGAAUACGGAAAGAUAGUAAAUGACGGCAAUGUCGCAGGUGUAUCCUGGCUAUGGAAGAAUGGUUCUGGCUGUGGUGCUUGCUACCAGGUUAGGUGCAAAAUACCACAAUUCUGUGAUGAUUAUGGAGCAUACGUAGUGGUGACAGAUUUUGGUGUUGGAGACAGAACAGACUUUGUGAUGAGUCCACGUGGCUAUUCAAGACUGGGAAAAAAUGCAGAUGCAUCUGCAGAGCUUUUCAAAUAUGGUGUUGUGGAUGUGGAAUACAAGAGGGUCCCCUGCAGAUACAAUGGCUAUAACAUCUUGUUGAAGGUCCAUGAACGCAGCAACAACCCUCACUACUUAGCUAUUCUCAUUAUUUACAUUGGUGGAACAAACGACAUAACUGCUGUCGAUUUGUGGCAGGAAGACUGCAAAGAUUGGAGACCAAUGCGCAGGGCUUUUGGGGCGGUGUUUGAUGCUGAGAAUCCUCCAAGAGGUGACAUCAAAUUGAGGUUCCAAGUGAGAGGGAGUGCAGGGUUGAAUUGGGUAGAGUCCAAGAAUGUUAUUUCUAGUGAUUGGAAUGCAGGGGCUGUUUAUGACUCAGAGAUUCAACUUGAUUAAAAAGAAAAGCCACUUUCAGAAGAUCCCAGGAAAAGAAGAUAUAGAUAGAUAGGGACUAGAUGAGUGACUAGUAACUUAUUGUUUCUGGUUUGUGUCAUCCUAAUAAUGUUUGUGUAGUGGGUAUUGAUGGAGUGCUUUUCAUAUGAAUCAUCAUGGAAUAUGAAUAAAUAUAAAUAAAAUGUAACUUUUUCUUUUC